AUGGCUUCGUCAUCCUCAGGUCUCUCCGCCCCGGCUUCCGAGCAGUCGUCCAGAGCAUCCACCCCCGGCCCCGCCGCUGCCAUGGGCCAGGGCGAGAAGACGCCCGACGACAGCAGCAAACUCAAAACAUUUGUCGGCAUCCUGAAGAAGUUCAUCGGUGUUUCUGACAUUGCCGCUGUUCGCUUCUCCCUGCCCGCCCAGCUGCUUGAGCCCAUCCCCAACCUCGGUACGACUCUCUAUGCCUUCAACAACAACACCUCUAACCACGUAACUGCGCANGAGUACUGGCAUUACCUGGACAGACCCGACAUCUUUGCCAGCAUCGGCGACUCGGACGAUGAACUUGGCCGUCUGCUUGCCUGCUUGCGCUUCUGGUUUACCAAGGACCUGAAGUACGUCAAGGGCAAGCCUUGCAAACCAUACAACUCGACUCUCGGAGAGUUCUUCAGAACCGAAGACAACGUGCCCGUUCUCCAAGGCAACAAGGUCAAGUCCGACUCUGCUGGCAAGCCUGUCAAGGUUUCCUACCUCACCGAGCAGACCUCGCAUCAUCCCCCCGUCUCCGCCUACUACGUCGACUGCCCACAGAAGGGCAUUUCUGCAUGCGGUUUCGACCAGAUCAGUGCAAAGUUCACCGGCACCAGCAUCCGUGUCACCCCCGGCAUCUACAAUGAAGGCAUCUAUGUCACUCUGCACAACUGGGGUAACGAGACAUAUCACCUCACUCAUCCCGCUGCAUACCUAGGUGGCUUCUUGCGAGGCAACCUCAACGUCAGCGUCGCCGAUACUUGCUUUGUAACAUGCAAGAAGACCGGCAUCAAGGUCAUUCUUCAGUACCUCGAAGAAGGAUGGCUAGGCAAGACUCAGAAUAAGGUCGAAGGUGUUGUCUACAAGUGUGACGUUGACAACGACAACAUCGCCAGGAUCAAGGACGUCCCCGAAAAGGCCAUCAUCGGCCGCAUCGAGGGUGCCUGGCACGACAAGGUCUACUUCACCAGAGGCUCUGGACCCGCCUCAAAGAACCCUGACAAGGUUCUCCUCAUCGAUGUCAACCCGCUGUUCCCCGUGCAAAAGAUUGUCCCUCCUGCCGAGCAACAGUUGCCCAACGAGUCGCGCAAGUUCUGGAACAACGUCACCGAAGCCAUUCUCAGCAAGCAAUAUUCCAGAGCAACGACAGAGAAACAGGAGCUUGAGGAGCGUCAACGUCAAAAAGCGGCUGAUAGGAAGGCCAGAAAUGCCGAAUGGUCUCCUCGCUUCUUCACUGGUGCCACCACUCCAGCCGGCAUCCCCGAGCUCACUGAAGAGGGCAAGAAGGUCCUCAUCGGUCUGCAAAACGGUGACUACCACCUCGAAGAGAGCAAGGAGACCGGUGCAUAA